ACUGGAAAUUUAACAAUACAACCCAACAAGAAGGAAACCCAGCCAACUGUGUGGUAAAAGGGUAGCCAGAUUGGCACAUAUCUACUUUUGAAUUUUAAUUGGCCCACACUGGUGCAACCACAUACUGUCUAUUACCCAUUGGUUGUCUAAAUCUGGGUGACACAUUGAAAUAGCAGGAAAUACAAGUCAAGUGACAGUUACAGGACUUUUUCCUGUAACUGUCACAGAUGUUUUUUAUACCUCCGUUCAAUAGGCCAGGCAGGUCUAAUGAGCCCAGGCAGUGCUAGAGUUUUGUAUGUAAUAGCAGGUUUCCAACAUAAUAUUUAAACUAAUUUGAUGUCAAGCUACUGAUUAAAACAAACUGGACUCCCCAUUGCCACAGCCUAAGAGUAGACUAAGCUGCAGGCUUGGUCUAGUCUCCAAUGGAAGAAGUUGCAGCCAACACAGUGGAAGAUAACUCCAUUGAAAAUGCUCGUUCUGCUGGGGGCUUAUAUGCUAAGAUUACUUUGGUAAUUUACGUGGUAUGUUUCUGUGGCUUGUUGUCAGGGGCUUCCAUUUCUUUGGCUGCUCGUUAAAAGACAACACUGCCAUCUGGCGUUGUACGUUAUAAGAAAGCUAGUGUAGAUUCUUGACUAAACAGAACAACCAAAAUAUAUACAACACAAAUAUACAAAAUAUAUGCAACAAAAUUAAAUAUGCUAUAGCUUCGUGUAAUUUGAAGUUCCGUUUCAUGUGAGAGAGUGAGGGUGACGACACAUAUUUACAGAAAACGCAAGAUUAUCGGGGAUUGGUUAGUGAUGACUGAUUGGUCUGCCAGACCAGUGCAGUCGAGCCAGAAAAAAGAUUGACACUCUGCAGGGCAACGGAAGUUGCCUCCUGCAUCCUCAUCAAUAAACUUAUGGGCCUGUUUUAUACCGAGACUCACUAGUGGGGAGGCUUUGGGAAUACUGGCCUCCAUGUUAACACAGACCUGCCCCCGCUGCCAUGUCCUCCACCUCUGUGUCAACAUCCACUUGUGGUGGUGAUGCUGCCAUUGCGUCCGAUCAGGCUCUGCUGGCCUCAGACCGCUACGCCAGACUCAUCCUGGCCCAGAUGAACAAGAUGCGGCUCCGCACCGACUUUUGUGACGUGGGGCUGAAAGUUGGCGGCCGGGUCUUCAGGGUCCACCGACUGGUGCUUGCUGCUAGCAGUCCAUACUUCUCCGCUCUGUUCUCUGGGGGGAUGAGGGAGGCUGAUAAAGAGGAGGUGCAGAUCCUUGGAGUUGAGACUGAAGUCUUUGAGGUUUUGUUGGACUUCAUAUACACAGGCAUGAUCAGUGUGACAGUGGAGAAUGUUCAGGAGCUGAUGGUGGCAGCAGACAUGCUGCAGCUGAAUGAGGUGGUGUCUAUCUGUGGAGAGUUUCUCAAGGGCCACAUGGACCCAUCCAACUGUGUGGGCAUUUUUCAGUUCCUAGAGCAGAUUGCCUGUAUGGACAUGUUGGAGUUCACUGAGAACUACAUCCAUGUUCACUUUCUGGAGGUGUGUGUCACAGAUGAGUUCAGGGGCCUAUUGAAGGAUCAGCUGGUGAGGCUGCUGAGAAGUGAAGAGUUGAGAAUUGAGGAUGAGUACCAGGUAUUCACUGCAGCCAUGGACUGGGUUCUCCAAGAUGUUGCAAAGAGGAAAAAACAUAUAGUGGAGGUGCUGGAACCAGUCCGCUUUCCGUUGUUGUCCCCACAGAGACUGUUCAAGUACAUAGAGGGUAUUACAGACUUCAGCCUGCGGGUGGCACUGCAGACUCUGCUAAAGGAAUACACUGAAGUCACAAAGUCUCCCAAAGAAAAUAAAAUGUUCAGUCAGCUACAACCAGCCAAGAUGAGACCCAGAAGAAAAGCCAGGAAAUACCUCUAUGCCAUAGGAGGCUACACUCGGCUGCAGGGCGGCCGCUGGAGUGACAGUCGGGCGUUGAGCUGUGUGGAGCGCUUUGACACCUUUAACCAGUAUUGGACCACUGUGUCAUCCCUGCACCAGGCUCGCAGCGGGCUGGGAGUCGCAGUACUGGAGGGCAUGAUCUAUGUGGUGGGAGGGGAGAAAGAUUCAAUGAUUUUUGACUGCACAGAGAGAUAUGACCCGGUGACCAAGCAGUGGGCCGCUGUAGCGUCUCUAAACUUUCCUCGCUGUGGAGUUGGUGUCUGUCCCUGCCACGGAGCUCUGUAUGCACUUGGUGGUUGGAUUGGCUCUGAGAUUGGGAAGACCAUGGAACGAUACGACCCAGAGGAGAACAAGUGGGAGGUCAUUGGCAGCAUGGCAGUUCCCCGUUACUACUUUGGCUGCUGUGAGCUACAAGGGUUUAUUUAUGUGAUUGGAGGAAUCAGUGAUGAAGGGAUGGAGCUACGCUCAGCUGAGGUGUAUGACCCCAUAUCCCGUCGAUGGAGUGCCCUGCCCGUCAUGGUCACACGUCGAGCCUAUGUGGGCGUUGCAUGCCUCAAUAACUGCAUCUACGCGGUCGGCGGCUGGAAUGAAGCACUGGGUGCUUUGGAGACAGUGGAGAAGUACUGCCCAGAAGAGGAGAAAUGGGUUGAAGUGGCCCCGAUGUCUACAGCUCGUGCAGGUGUGUCAGUGUCAGCAGUGAAUGGGCUGCUUUACGCUGUCGGGGGCAGGGCCGCCAGCAGAGAUUUCUCUGCCCCUGUGACGGUGGACUCGGUGGAAAUCUAUGACCCUCAUCUGGAUACCUGGACUGAAGUCGGCAACAUGAUUACCAGCCGCUGUGAUGGUGGACUGGCUGUGCUCUGAUGACCUGGAAUAUUCAAAUUGUGAACUUCCAUAUCGGCACCCAUUCAUCCCAAAAAUGCAUAAACAGACGAAAAGCUGCACUUAAAGAAACACUGAAGUGUGUUUCUGUAUCGGCUUUCACAUUAUCAAAUAUGUUAUUUAUAUGUGGGUUUGACUUUUUUUUUUUUUGCUUUUUUCCAUUUGUCCAGUACAGUUGACAUUUAUUGACCAUAAGAAUAUGACAGAAAAUUUAAAACUGGAAAACUGCCAAAAUUGCUUCAGCUUACUCUGUUACAUGACUGGUUUGUAUCUCUAAUUUCAAAUUACUGAACAAUUUUACAAUCAGAGUGGCAACACUUUUUUUCUCUUAUGUGUAUUUAAAAGGCAAAUCCAUGCCUGUGGAAAUUUUUCACAGUGGAGGACCAGAGAGUUUUUCUUCUCAAGUGUAAGAGUCCUAUGGUGACUAAACUCUUCGUGGAUGAGACAUGAAAACAGUUUGUUUGUUUUCUCUUUAUUUUUCCUACAGAAAAUAUUUGGGUUGAGUGCUUUGCUAUUUUAUAAGACCACUUGAGCCAAGUUUAUAAUGGGACAAAGUUCCAAAAGUGAUUUUCUGUAAAUAACUGUAAACUUGAAAAGCACAUCACUGUUUUCACAUCAGUGCAGUUAUUGGUAGUUUUCACUGGAUUAUUUUUGUAUAUAUGAUAUUCUAAUUAUGACUCUCUGUACCUAUUAACACUUUAGAAAGAAAAAAGAAGAAAAAGAAGAGUUCUAUCAUUUCACAUCAUCAGUGGCACCUGAAAUUACUACAGUUUACAUUGAAUUCACAUUUCAACUUUCUGAUGUUGAGAUACACAACAUAACUAUAAGACAAUGCACAUGUUUAGGAAUGUGUUUACCUUCUUUAUGGUAAGUUAUCAUGUUUCCUCUUCGGAUGUUGGAGCUCGUCAUGGUUGCUAGUUGGGUGGAGCUGUUGCCCAGCGACAGCAUUUCCUUUCAUGUACCGUUAUCCUUUUGCAAACAACAGAAUGUUAAAUGAUACGCAACAGUAAUGACAUCUUUUAUUGGUUGCCUUCAGACUGAAUAAACUUAAUAAGAGUUGUGAGCAUGCUGGGUUUAAAA